AUGUUGUACUCUGCUGAGGGCGCUUGAUUUAUGCUGAUUUUCCGAUAAUGGCACUUUCUGUAGUAAAGGGAAAGUUAGAAAGAGUGCUUGAUAAAAAUCCACAAGAUCUUGUUCGCGGAAUUAGGAAGCACGGUGUGGAUGAGGCCAAAUAUAUUGGUCAAUGUCUAGAUGAAAUUAAAAAUGAGUUGAAAGACAGUUCAUUUUCAGUCAAGGCCAAUGCUAUUAGCAAAUUAUUAUACAUUCAAAUGCUUGGUUAUGAUACCAGUUGGGCUGUGUUCAAUAUCGUUGAGGUUAUGAGUUCUCAGAAAUUCACCUUCAAACGUAUAGGGUAUUUAGCAGCUUCUCAGAGCUUUCAUUCUGGUACAGAUGUCCUCAUGCUUGCCACUAAUCUUAUUCGCAAGGAUUUAAUGAGCUGUAACUUGUAUGAUGCUGGAAUCGCCUUAUCGGGUGUUGCAUGUUUCAUUAAUCCAGAUCUUGCCACGGAUUUAUACUCUGACAUUCUAAGUCUGAUGAAUUCUCCAAAACCAUAUUUACGAAAGAAAGCCGUAUUAUUAUUAUACAAAGUUUUCCUUAAUUAUCCUGAAGCACUUCGUAUUUGUUUCCCACAGUUGAAAGAUAAGCUGGACGAUCCAGACCCAGGUGUACAAUCAGCGGCUGUUAAUGUAAUAUGUGAAUUGGCACGUAAAAAUCCAAAGAAUUACCUAUCACUUUCACCCAUAUUUUUUAAACUUAUGACUACAUCAUCAAAUAAUUGGGUUCUUAUCAAAAUCAUUAAAUUGUUUGGCACAUUGACACCUUUGGAACCAAGACUAGGCAAAAAGCUAAUCGGACCGUUGACCAAUUUAAUUCAUAGUACUUCAGCAAUGUCAUUGUUAUAUGAAUGUAUAAAUACAGUUGUUGCAGUAUUAAUAUCAAUAUCUUCUGGAAUUCCUAGUCAUCAAGCUUCUAUACAGUUAUGCGUUCAAAAAUUACGCAUCCUAAUUGAAGAUUCAGAUCAAAAUUUAAAAUAUCUUGGACUAUUAGCAAUGCGUAAAAUUCUGUUAUAUCAUCCACAAAGUGUACAACCUCAUAAAGAUUUAAUAUUAGGUUGUCUGGAUGAUAAAGACGAAUCGAUUCGAUUACGUGCAUUGGAUUUACUACAUGGUAUGGUAUCAAAAACUAAUCUAAUGGAUAUUGUUAAACAUUUGAUGAUACAUAUUGGCAAUUCGUCAUCUGGUUUACAUUAUCGUAAUGAAUUAUUAAGUAAAGUUGUGUAUAUAUGUUCACAAGAUAAUUAUCGUAAUGUUACAUCAUUUGAAUGGUAUGUUACUGUUCUUGUGGAAUUAGCUAGCAUUGAUGGUAUUCGAAAUGGUGAAUUAUUAGCUGCUCAACUUAUGGAUGUUUCCAUCCGCGUACCGACUGUUCGAACUUUCUGUGUUGAACAAAUGGCUAUAUUACUGGAUAUUAGUCAGUCGUUAACAAGCGGAGGUAAACAAAAUGCUAUUCAAGAAACACUUCGUGCAGCAGCAUGGAUAUGUGGCGAAUAUGCGGAUAGUCUAAACAAUCCAGAACAAACAUUGAAUUCACUUGUUUCAAUUGCCCUUGAACUACCCGGUCUAUCUAGUUCAAUUCAAGCCGUUCUUAUAUUCAAUGCUUUUAAAAUAUACAGUGUUAUCAUUAAAAGUAUGACUUGUAAAGCUAUUCAAAGCUUACCUUCGACGUUUACAAAUAAAAAGUAUCAAGAAAACGGUGAACAUUUAAUUGAUAUGAGUGACAACGAACAUCAUAAUAAUACUGAAACUGUAGAUGAUCAAGUUACAAGUUUAAAGACUCUACAAAAUUUAAUUAUUCAUCUGAUAGAGUUGACAAAUUUUCUUAUGGAUAAAUUUAUCCAGUAUGUUCAUUCAUCUGAUUUAGAAGUUCAAGAACGUGCUGUAUCGAUUCACCAAGUAUUGAGUUUAGUGUCGAAGCGUUUUACAAAAAUCCAAUCCUUUUUAUCCAGUUCAUCAACUUUACAACAAAAUAAUAAUCCGUCAACAUUAAUUUUGGACAGUGAUUUUUCUUCACCUUCACUAUCCAAUCAUCAAUCAUUGGAUAAUUUACCUGAUCAGUUUCAUAAUUCUCAACUCACCAGUUCUUCUAUUAAUAUUACUAAUGUCAGUAACAAUAUAGGUGACAACAGGGUCGACACACAACUUCAUUUACGAAGUAAUUCAAUUCAAAUGGAUACUAUGCCUUCAAUUACCUCCAUAGUAUCACCAACUGUGAUUCUCAAUUUAAUUCAAUCAAUUAUAAAUGAACUAAGUGCUUUGUUCACCGGUGAAAUCAUCCCUGUAGCACCAAAAGCUCAGAAAAAAGUUCCUAUUCCCGAAGGGUUAGAUUUAGACGCUUGGAUUAAUCCACCAGUACCAGUUCGUAAACAACCGUGGACGAAUGCACUAGAUUUUAUUGGGAAAUCUAUAAAUGACACUGAUGAUCAUCGUUCUAUUCAUUGGAACAAUGAAUUGGUCAAUAAUGAAUGUGAUAUAUUCUUCGGUUUACAAGAUAGUAAAUCUCAAACUGUUCAACUAACAGCUGAACAGUUGGAGGAGAUGCGUUCAAAACGGUUGCAAAAUCAACAAAACAAUCCUAAUUACUUAAAACCGGUAAAUCCUAAAAAGAAUAAUUUAGAGAACUCCUUAAAUGAACAACAAAAUGAUGUUAACUUAAUCAAAAAUGGUGUUGAACAGUUAAGUCUAAAUGUAACUGAUUCUAACAAACAAUAUUGUCAAACACAAAGUAGUGCGCGUAAAUUGGCUACAUCCGAUCAGUUCGCUGCUGAAAUGCGUAAAAAGUUUCAAACUGCUGCGUCUGAUGUAGAACGAAAAUUAAGAUCAACAACGAAGAGCAAUCAUUCGAAAAACAUCCAUAAGAAAAAACAUCCGAUCAUAUCACCACCACCAUCUUCAUCGUCAUUAUCUUCAUUAACAAUUAAUAAUAAUUCUAAAUCGACUAAUCAGGUUGAAAAUACUCAGGAAGAAAAUAAAAUAGAUUAUAUUAUAAAAGACAAAUUUACUUCACACGUUGUUCGUUGUGAUUACGAUAUGCCCGAGCACCAUAAAAUGAAUAAAGAAAUGGUGAAUAAUAAUCAUCAACUAGUCAAUGAAUCAAGAUCUUCCGAAAAUAUUAAUCAUGAGAAUUUAUUGAAUAACAAUGAUAAUAAUACAACUUAUCAUCGAUCAGGCUAUGAAGCAUUCGACUCAGAUAUAAAACAAACUGAAAUAUUAUCAUCAAAAAAGGUCCGUUUGAAAUCAUCAUUAAAUUCUCAUCAUCAUCAUAAUUAUAAUGAUAAUAAUAGUAAAAACAAACAAUCCCCUGAUAAUUCACCAAUACCAUCCGUUCCAUAUUGUAAUAAAUCCAUUAUUAGUAGUAACAAUGAUAAUAUAUCUAUACCUGAAACUAAGUUCUGUAUAUCAUCAUCAGUAAUAAAUACUGACAUGUUCACUUCCCUUUUGUCAACCGGUGAAUUGAAUUCAUUUCAAUCAGCAAAAAUUUGUUGUCCUAGUUUAUUGUCAAUUAUUCGUCAAUCAGAAAAGUCUAAUUCUCUAAUAAUGCAUACAAAUAAAAUUUUUGCACAAAUAAUAUCUGUACUUGAAAAGAAGAUACCAUGUUUAGGUAAGUGAGUUAAUUGUCUAAAGGAAAGGAUCUGUUAUGUGUAUGUAUUCACCGUUGUGUUGAUGGAUAUGGAAGAUGUUUUUAAACAAUAUGAAAUGUCAGUUUUGAUGAUAAUAUCUCAUUUUACAUCUGUGACUAAUAUUAGUAUGAUGCAAAAAUUAUUUCAAAGAAAGAUUAGAUUAUUUAUAAAUAUGUAUAUAUUUUUAUGCCAUCGUUUAAGUGCCAAUGCUAUGCUUGAAGUUGGUUAGUAUGACAACCUGAAACUAGGUUUUGCACUUUAAAGAAAAUCUCAAUGAUCAAUGUUAUGAUGAUUGCAUUUUGUGUAGAGCUAUUUUUGUGAAAUCUAAUCUUUUUUUUUCUUUUACAAAUUAAUCGUCAGUAACAAACAACUUACAUUCAAUUUUAUAAGCGGAGUUGGAUAGUGGCUAACAGUGGGAUCCAUGAUUCUAGUUUCAUUCUAAUUCAGACAACCAAUAUGCAUGAAUUAUAUUCAACCUAAUUAUUUUUUUUAAACGUUGACAACCUCAUAUUUAUAUGUUUGUAUUUUGCAUUUUAUAAGAGCAUAUCGUAGUUGUGACUUGAUUGUUUGAGAAUCCGGAUCAUGAGUUGUUUUUUCUUCUUACUCUAUGCUGACUAGGAUUUACGUAAGUCGUCAAUCUUCUCUUUGUUUGAACGAUUCUCUCUUAGAUUAACUGCUUCGAAGUCUUAGAUCAUCAAUCUGUUUUUGAUCAUUAAUUGGCUACACUAUUUAUUGCUAAAUUUUCUCCAGAAUUUAUUUAACUAACAUGACAUCAUUAUACUUGAAAUCUCAGUAAUCUGUAUUUUUACUUAUCUCAGCUGAACAGUGUUUUUCUGUAAUAUGUUUGUAGUUAAAUUCUAAGUACUAAGUAACUAAUGGUAAUAAAUUGAGAUACUUCAUCCCGAUGAUUUGAAAUAAUGAUAAUUCAAAUUAUAUAUACUAAUGAUUGCUGAAUUAUUGAUGUCUUCUAUGUUACAUUUGGAUAAAGUAAUCAUAAUUCGUUUAUCAAUUAUAGAUUAAUGUACUAGGUUUUGAAUUAUUUCACUGUUGAUGUAAUGACUGAUCAAGCCUCAAUAGAUGAUGUGACGGAUUUCAAAGUUGCGAUCUGAUUGCAAGCCGGUUGUUUUAUCAUCACUAGUCUACCUCUCUAUUCUGACAGUAGAGCACCAUAAGAAGAGUAGUUUUAAUGCAAACAAAACGGAUUACAAGUUACAUAGAUAGAUGAAGAUAUUGAGAUUAUGGAGAUUUGUAGCUCAGGUGGAUGAUUUUCAGAUAAAAGUCUAUCUGAAGUUUGUGCUGAUGAUGCCGUUCAGAAGAACGAUGAAAGCUCCACGACCAAACCAUCCAGCUCAGAGAACAAAACUCCAUCAAAAAGUUGAAGAUAUUAACCGUUCUUAGGUUUCAUUCCCCUCGUAUUUUGUCCAAUAUUUAAUAGUAAAUGCUCAGGUGUACAUUUUCGUCGAGCUCAUCUUUUUUUUCAUGAAUGUAUUUUUAUUUAUAUGUACAAUUAAUUUGUAGUGAUUGAGUCUUUGAAUAAUCGUGCCGCUUCACUCUACACAGAAUACAUUCCACUCAGAGAACCGUUAUGCAUCUUAAUGAAAAUAUCCUUUACUACUGGAACAAUACGAAUCGAUAUUCGAUCUACCAAGGAGGAUGCGGUGCAUUCAUGUGUUGCACAAUUAACAAAUCUAGUCAAACAGAUCAAAUUCGACCUAUGACAUAAUGUAUUUAUAUCACUAUAUAUGUAAUAGUGUAUCAUUCGUUUCUUCUACUUUCUCUUCUAUUGGUUUUUCUUAAACUUAUCCUACAAUCUGUUUUUCGAUUGUUAAUAUUCCUCUGUUGUGAUUCGAGUUUUUUUAAUUUCACGACUACUCUGUGUUGAUGUUGUUUGUCUUAUUUUGAUAUACAAUAUUACUUGUGACGAUGAUAACUUAUUACACGAACAUAUAUGUAUCGUUAUUCCUAUUUUGAUUGUCCUUUUAUAUACAUAUAUAUUUAUGAUUUGCCUAUCAACGAUUCCUAGCUAACUGUGAUCUAAUGCGUUUACCAUGUAUUUUUGAUUGCAUUCAUGUAGUUUUGUUGUUUCGAUUAUCCUAUAUAUACAUACGUAUGGUGUCUUUCAGAUAUUAAAAUGUGUAUAUUUUAUUGCGUCUUUGAUAUUUGGACCAAUAUAAGGGUGAUUUUUUUGUUCACACGUAUAUUAUUAUUAAUAUUGUCGCUAUUCAUGAUUUCCAUUGGUUUGUCUUGUUUUCUCUUUAGGUAAUUUUUUAGUCUUCUUUGAUUGAUACUCAUCAAUAUGAAAGUUGCGGUACUCUGCUUUCUAUCUCUCCCCUCUUCGUUGUCUGUAUUCUUUUAUUUCACCGUUUCGCAUACAAAUUCCCUUUUCAUUUCUUUUAUUUAUUCCUAUUGAUGAUUUGUCUAGUGUUUACUUUCUAUGUGUUUACAUUUCUCUUCGGGUAACUAGUGUGUGUGUGUAUAGAUUAACACUUUAUCUUAGUACGUUACAGUUAUCUGGAUGAAAUAAUUCAACUGUGUGUAGAAUGUUUAUUUUUUUUUUAAGAAGAAUUAGAAACUAUUAAGCAUCUGAUUACUCCAUGUAAUAUUAAUAAGAGUUCUUUUUUAUUAAUGCAAUAUUAUAAACUAUUCAUCAUUUUUGUGCCUAAAUUUAACAUAAUAAUUGAAAGAGAACAAAUC